GGGUGGUGUUACGGUAUGGUGUUGAGUCUGUUCCAGGGCCUUGGGCAUUGAGUUGGGCCGUUGCGCUGAUUGUGCGGUUCUUCGGGACACAACCGCUGUUACCUACUGUUCAGACAUUUCCGCUCGGUCAGGCUGUGGAGUGGGUGAUACGAUCCGCACCUCAUUAUCCUAGAUAUGUUUAGCUCUGGCCCAAAUUACAACAAGCUUAAGACCAACCUGCGACUGGCUGUCAGCAGGCUGAAACUACUGGAAAAGAAAAAAACGGAGCUGGCACAGAAGGCAAGGAAGGAAAUAGCUGACUACAUUGCAGCGGACAAAGUGGAAAGGGCGAAAAUUCGAGUGGAACACAUCAUCCGUGAAGAUUACCUGGUGGAAGCCAUGGAAAUUGUGGAGUGCUACUGUGAUCUGCUGCUUGCAAGGAUGGGUUUAAUUCAGCAAAUGAAGACAUUGGAUGAGGGGCUGGCAGAGCCCAUUGCGAGUAUCUUGUGGGUUACUCCACGUCUGCAGGCUGAUAUUGCUGAGUUGCAAGUCAUUGCAAGCCAGCUUGGUACCAAGUAUGGACAGGAGUAUGUGCAAGCAUGCAGGGAGAACAGCAUUGGAGCUGUGUCACCAAAACUGAUGCACAAACUGUCGGUCCAAGCCCCACCCAAGAUUUUGGUGGAGAGAUACCUGUGCGAAAUUGCAAGAAACUAUAACGUGGCAUAUGGGCCGGACCCACAAGUGAUGGCAGAGGAUGAAAUGCAUGCUACUGGUGAAAACCUCAUCAACUUCGGUGGCACUGAGGACAGUGGUGCUGGAGGUGGACCCAAGAGCAGUGGUGGAGGAGGAGGAGGAGGAGGAGGUGGGUUUUCAGAACCUCCCAUGGGGGCUUCAGGCAUUGUCCUGCCCACAGUUCCAUCAGAUGCAGUGGCACCUCCUCUGGGAUUUGUUGACCCAUCAACAUUUAAGGCUCCAGGUAGUGCCGGACCAGCCUACCCAGCCCCAGGUCCCACGUACAAUCCAUAUAAUGUGAACUUCAAUUCUCCAGAAAAGCCACUGAAUACCAACUUCAACUACCCAACCCCAGCACCAAGGUCAAAGGUAGAUAAUGCACUGAACCUGCCUGAUGUCCCUGCUGAAUUCAACACAUUUGGGCCACCAGCUUCUGGUACCAACUCAGCACCAACAGGAAACCCAGAUGAAGAAGCCAACUUUGAUGACUUGACAAAGAGGUUUGAAGCCUUGAAGAAAAGGAAGUAGUCAUAGUGGGUGAUGGAAAUAAAUGUAUGCAUAUGCUUUCACCAAGAUGUGUUGAUGCAGCAGGGCAUGUACUAUGCCAUCAGAUGCUGGGACUGGCUGCCACUGCUAAUAGGAUAGUGGUAUUAGACUGCAUCAACUUUAAUUUAAGGGUGCUUCAAGUAUGUUGAAUGACUCAAUGUUAUGCUAACAAUCUUUUGCUCUUAAAACUCACAUAGAAGAGCAAAUUAUGAGAUUUGCUGCAAUUGGGUAUGAUGGGAAAGAAAUGUGAUUGCUUUAUUUGGAGAGUAACAUAUUUUUGUAAACCCAUGUUGGAUCUCAGUUGAAACAGCAACUUGUGACAUUUCUGGACAAUUAUUAUAAAAGAUCAAUGGCCUGAAAAUGCUUGGGAAUUUUGGUCAGGAGAAUAAGCAUGACAUGUAUGGUCAGGAAGAUACUUUCAAGGUCAAUAUGGCAGAAUUGAACUGGGUUCUGACACUUGAGUGUCAUUGUUUAUAAGAAGUGCAUGUUGUGUUAUGUUGUUGCAAACUGGCCUGAAUGUGCUUCAUAUUUUGCUUAUGUAGACAGAGUGGGCAUAUGGUGGGUAGGGAAUGAACUGCAGUUGUCUUUGUAGCAUGUCUGCCUUUGUUUUCUUGAUUGGACAGCAGGUGCCAUGCAGUUUGAGCACUUGGAAACUUAAUUCUGAUAACACUGGACUGUGUGACAACUUGAUAGGUCUCCCAACCAAAGUGUGCACUUUGACUGUGUGAGUGUAUGCACUGCUUUCAUGCUUAAUACAAAGGAAAACUGUCAUUUUCA